UUGGCUACCAUUUUCCCUUUUACUCCAAGUCUCCAACGGCAUGGCAGCUCCCCUUGACAACUCUCUCCUUCCCAUUACCAGUUGACCCAAACUCUUUACUUGUAAUUUGUAAAGCCUUCUUCAUACCCAUGCACAGCCCACCUUUUCUGAUCAAUCACACGCUCACGCCUCAUGUGUUCUUCCACUUGCACAAAAGCAAUUAAAGCCUGUGACCAAAAGUGAAAAAACGCUUAUCUAAAUUUGUUUCUGUGCUCAAAGACCUUCACUCUAGAAUUGGACUUGUAAUGGGGAUCCCCCGAGUGUUCUUUUGCCUGGUCCUUUUUGCUGGGAUUCUAUGUACAGAAUCCAACUUCAUAGAAUACAACACUUCGCAAAGCAUAGUCCCGGGAAAGCUUAAUGUCCAUUUGGUUCCUCACACCCACGACGAUGUUGGUUGGUUGAAGACCGUUGAUCAGUACUACGUUGGCUCCAACAAUUCCAUCCAGGGGGCUUGUGUUCAAAAUGUAUUGGAUUCUCUAGUGCCUGCGCUGUUGGCUGACAAGAACCGGAAGUUUAUCUAUGUUGAGCAGGCAUUUUUCCAACGGUGGUGGAGAGAUCAGAGUAAGGCAGUGCAGGAUGUGGUCAAGCAGCUAGUGAGCUCAGGGCAACUAGAGUUCAUAAAUGGGGGUAUGUGUAUGCAUGAUGAGGCAGCAACACAUUACAUUGAUAUGAUUGACCAGACAACACUUGGGCAUCGGUUUAUCAAAAGGGAUUUUGGUGUUGUUCCAAGAAUCGGUUGGCAAAUUGAUCCCUUUGGACAUUCUGCAAUACAGGCUUAUUUGUUGGGUGCAGAAGUUGGAUUCGACUCACUUUUCUUUGGUCGGAUAGAUUACCAAGACAGAGCUAAGCGCAAAAAUGAGAAAAGUCUUGAAGUUGUGUGGCAGGGUUCCAAGAGCCUUGGUUCAUCUGCUCAGAUUUUUGCUGGUGCAUUCCCUGAGAAUUAUGAGCCUCCACCUGGUGGUUUCUACUUUGAAGUCAAUGAUAAUUCCCCAAUAGUUCAAGAUGACAUUAAUUUGUUCGAUUACAAUGUUCAAGAGCGAGUAAAUGACUUUGUUGCUGCUGCAGUAUCGCAGGCUAAUAUAACCCGAACAAACCAUAUCAUGUGGACUAUGGGAACAGAUUUUAAGUAUCAGUACGCACAUACAUGGUUCCGCCAGAUGGACAAACUCAUUCAUUAUGUCAACCAGGAUGGGCGUGUCAACGCUCUGUACUCUACCCCAUCCGUGUAUACUGAUGCAAAAUAUGCUACAGAUGAGUCCUGGCCAAUCAAGAGUGAUGACUUUUUCCCAUAUGCAGAUCGUGCAAAUGCGUACUGGACAGGAUACUUUACUAGUAGACCAGCCCUCAAGCGCUAUGUCAGAAUAAUGAGUGGCUAUUAUUUGGCUGCAAGGCAGCUAGAAUUUUUCAAAGGGAGGAGUAAUUCUGGGCCCAACACAGACUCACUGGCAGAUGCUUUAGCAAUUGCCCAGCAUCAUGAUGCAGUUAGUGGUACAGAAAAGCAGCAUGUGGCUAAUGAUUAUGCAAAACGCUUGUCUAUGGGGUAUGCGGAGGCUGAGGAAUUAGUUGCAUCUUCACUUGCUUGCUUGGCUCAGUCUGCAUCAGAUACUGGAUGUGGGAACCCAACAAUUAAGUUUCAACAGUGCCCUCUUCUGAAUAUAAGUUACUGUCCUGCAUCAGAAGUUGAUCUGCCUCAAGGAAAAAGUUUGGUAGUUGUGGUCUACAAUUCUCUUGGAUGGAAGAGGGACAAUGUAGUUCAAAUUCCAGUUAUCAAUGAAGAUGUUACUGUUCAUGACUCUGAGGGAAGAGAAAUUGAAUCGCAGCUUCUUCCUCUAGCCAAUGCCUACGUGGGCUUAAGGAACCACUAUGUCAGGGCGUAUUUAGGUCGAAGUCCAACUCAGACACCUAAGUAUUUGCUUGCAUUUAAGGCAUCAGUACCACCACUUGGUUUCAGCACGUACACUAUUUCAAGCACCAAACUUCCAGGUGCUAGUUCAACCAGAUCAUCUGUAUACACGUUUCAGAGAGGGGAAGAAUCUACUGUUGAAGUUGGUCAAGGAAAUUUAAAGCUUUCCUUUUCCACUGAUCAAGGAAAAAUGAUUAAUUAUGUUAAUAGCAGAAGCUUGGUUGAGGAACCAGUCAAACAAUCGUACAGUUAUUACUCUGGAUAUAACGGAAGUGAUAAAGAUCCUCAGAAUUCUGGGGCAUAUGUCUUCCGUCCGAAUGGCACAUUUCCCAUAAAGCCUGAAAGACAGGUUGCUUUGACUGUUAUGCGUGGACCUAUAAUAGAAGAAGUACAUCAACAAAUCAAUCCAUGGAUAUAUCAGAUUACCAGACUUCACAAGGAGAAAGAGCAUGGUGAAGUCGAGUUUAUUGUUGGACCUAUACCUGUUGAUGAUGGAAUUGGAAAAGAAGUUGCUACUCAAAUUACAACUACCAUGGAUACUAACAAAACAUUCUACACGGAUUCUAAUGGACGUGAUUUUAUCAAAAGAAUUCGCAAUUAUAGAACAGACUGGGACUUGGAAGUGAACCAACCUAUUGCUGGAAAUUAUUAUCCAAUUAAUCUUGGGAUUUACAUGCAAGAUAAUAGGACAGAAUUUUCGGUUUUGGUGGACCGGUCUGUAGGGGGAUCCAGCAUAGUGGAUGGACAAAUAGAGCUGAUGCUCCACAGGAGACUGCUACUUGAUGAUUCAAGAGGUGUUGCAGAGGCAUUAAAUGAAACGGUCUGUGUUCUUGAUAAAUGCAUGGGAUUAACAAUCCAAGGAAAAUUCUAUUUUCGAUUUGACCCCCUGGGAGAGGGUGCUAAGUGGCGUCGUACUUUUGGCCAGGAGAUAUAUUCUCCACUCCUGCUAGCCUUUGCUGAACAGGAUGGUGAUAACUGGAUGAAUUCUCAUGUAGCCAGUUUUUCAGGAAUUGAAUCCUCGUACAGUUUACCUGAUAAUAUUGCUAUAUUAACUCUCCAGGAGCUUGAUGAUGGAAAAGUCCUCCUUCGGUUAGCGCAUUUAUAUGAGCUUGGAGAGGACAGGGACCUUUCUGUAAUGACUAGCGUAGAGCUGAAAAAGCUGUUCCCCAGGAAGAAGAUCCGUAAAGUGACCGAGACAAGCUUAUCUGCCAACCAAGAAAGAACCGAAAUGGAGAAGAGGAGGCUUGUUUGGAAAGUAGAAGGCUUUUCUGGAGAAGAACUCAAGGUUGUGAGGGGUGGACCUAUUGAUCCUGCAAAACUUGUUGUAGAACUUACCCCUAUGGAAAUCCGUACCUUUGUUAUUGACUUCAUCCCAGUGUUCCACGAUGAUGUGGUUUAUGCCUAACAAUUCGAAAUGCACCAUGAAAUCCAGUCCUUGCUUGUUCAGAAGACAUUUCACAUUUGCCUCGUGUUCCUCCAAGUCAUCCAAAUCCUGUCAAUAUGAGUGUAAUGUAAUGAAGUUACAUUGUGUAUAUUAUCAGAAUGUAUGAUGGAAUCAUGUUGUUCGUGAAACAAAGUUAACGUGCCAAUCUACGAGGCAUUCAUGGGUUGUCACGUCA